AUGGCAACUUCUAGUUCCGAUUCGUUCCAAAAUAGCUUCAAUCAGACCGCGAGCGCAGUAUCCGCGGGAGUCAUAGCCGCCAUUGUCCUCGCUGUCGUUGCAGGCAUCGGAUCAAUCAUCGCAGGCUUUUGUUUAUGGAAUAGAAGCAAGAAGAGGCGCGAGGCAAGAGAUACUGCUUUUCAACCUAUGAGCAACGCCAACAAUUACCAAUACGGGGGUACCGCUAGCCAGUACAACAAUAUAAAUCAACAAGCAACACCCUACAACUCUGCGUCGCCGCAUGGUGGGCAGACGGAACUGUAUGGAAGCACCGUAUCACCGAGGUCUGAGGCCCCAAAUACACCAGCGCCGUAUCCUGAGGCUGCUGGUCGUGAAAUAUCUGUAGCAGCACUACACGACAAUGCGCAGGCCGAGCUUGGUGAGGAUAGAGUAAAGCGAAGUGAGCUUGCCUAG